GUCGAACGAAUGAUACCACUUUUGUUCUCGUACGAAUAGAACAUGGCGGUGCUAGGCAGGAUGUGCAAAAGCUUUUAAUUUCUGCUCUAACGAUUUGCAUUUUUGGUUUAAUCUUUAUGACAACAAAGUUUUUUUGAAUGCUAUAUUAUAUGCAUUUGUAAUUGUGGGUUAUUUUAACUUUACCAAAGAGUACAUUUUUGGACCAAGUUGCAAUGAAAAUUAUUACUUCAUUGGUGGUAUAAAAAUAAUUGUGACAAAUAUAGCACUUAAUUCCAGCAGGCCGUGGUGGACAUGGCUACACUUAUCCAGGAGAACGGUAUAAAGGAGUUGAGUAAAGGAACACAUGGAGUAGUUGUGAACCAUGGCAUGACAACACAUGGCGUUCCUAAUCAUAUGGUGCCAGAUCAUGAAUACUGUGAAGCUGGCAAACCAGAACAACCCCCACAGCAAUGCCUUGAGACUGCAGAUGCAACAGUACAACAGGCCCCUAUGGAAGAGGAGGAAGAAGAAACCCCCGAAAUAGACAUAAUGAUAAACAAUGUUGUGUGCAGUUUUAGUGUUAAGUGCCACCUAAACUUGAGAGAGAUCGCUUUAAAUGGUGUGAAUGUCGAGUUUCGACGUGAAAAUGGUAUGGUGACAAUGAAACUUCGCCGCCCCUACACGACAGCGUCAAUCUGGUCAUCAGGACGCGUAACGUGCACCGGCGCGACCAGCGAGGAUCAGGCGAAGAUUGCGGCGCGGCGAUAUGCUCGUGCCUUACAGAAAUUAGGAUUUCAAGUGCGUUUCCGCAAUUUUCGUGUAGUCAACGUUCUGGGAACUUGUCGAAUGCCUUUUGGUAUUCGAAUUAUAGCCUUUUCAAAGAAAUAUAAAGAAGCAGAUUACGAGCCUGAACUUCAUCCAGGCGUGACAUACAAACUGUACAAUCCUAAAGCGACACUGAAAAUUUUCUCUACGGGAGGCGUCACAAUCACAGCGCGCAGCGUCAACGACGUGCAGUCGGCGGUGGAACGCAUCUUCCCGCUGGUAUACGAGUUCCGCAAGCCUCGCACGGCGGCAGACGAGGAGCUGCUGCGCCAGCGUCGUGCAGCGCGUCGGCCGGCGCCCAGCGCGCCCGCGCCUCGCGAAGUACCGCGAGAGACGCCCGAGGCGCCGCCCGUGCGCAUGCCCAGCGACCCCAUGCACCUCGUCACGCUAUCCGACGACGAGGACGCCGACGCCGACGCCGACGCCUGGGAAUGACGCGCCCCGUCCCGCGCCCACCCCCGCUGUGAAACGACGGACUCUUGUUUGGCAUAGAGCGAUGACCGUCGGUCGUUAGUGCAACCGCGUGUGAAUUGUCGGCGAGCUCUUUUCGGUUCAUGCCAAAGAUAUUUAUUAGAGGAGGUGCUUCGCGCUUAUCGACGGACGCCGCCGCCUCGCCGCGCCCGCGGGCCGCUUGUUCUCGGUUCGUUCGUGAAUGUAUUAUGUUCGUGAUGCUCCUGUGACCUCUAUUAGUAUGCGUAGGUACGGUUGAUUCGUUUAACUCGUUCGAUUCGAAACCAAAUUGUCGUAAAUGAUAAAUGAUGAGAUAAUAAAUCUCUUUACCGAUACUCAGUCUCGUUUUUUAUUUGCCGUUGUGAUUGAUGAUUUCGUAGUGAUAAUAGCGUUCGCGGUAAUGAUGCAAGGAAGUAAUGACUGAAUGUUACGUAGAUGUUAGUGGUUGUAAAUAUGAAAGCUUUAGACAUUAUACAUUUAAUUGAAGUGGUUUGUUUUAUUACAACAUUUAUUUAAAUUGUUAAAUAGUAAAGUCCAGUCUGGAGUGACAUAAGAAAUUAAAUUUAAGGUGCAGCCAUAAAUACAAACCGUGCAUUAUAUUUUGAUAGACAAAACGUGUAAAUUGUUUGUUAAUACUUAUGUUAUAAUAUUAAUUUUAAUAAGCUACGAAAAAUGGAAGCGCGCUUUAUUGACACAAUCAAAAAUAUUUCAUAAUGUUACAAACGACUGAGCCACAGAACUAAGAAUCUGAUUCGCGUGUGUCGUAUUCGUCGCUCGUGACGGUCCGUACGCGAGAGCGUGUCGGCCGCGACGCACGCACUGCGACGCCCGCCGCACUCGUGCCAGUGCGGCGCCGACCGCAGACGGCCGCGGGCGUGCGGAUGUACGCGCUCAGGUCCACCACGGCCAGCCUCGGAGUACGAACAGCCUUGCCUAUUAUGUUUAGAACAUUUACUAUCGUGUUUAUUAUAUUACUACACUUAUUAAACAUAUCUUAUUAAAAUUGUAUUAUUGGAUAAAGUCAAAACAAUAUGUUAUUAAUAAUAUGUUAAUUCGUUCUGUCUAAAAGUGUUCUUUGUAAAUGUGACAAUAGAAUAGUUUAAAAAGUGUAAGUAAUGAUUUUCUGGUCAGUUGACUGACUGAUGAGUUUUCAUUGAUGACAAUGUGAUAAAAUAAAUUUCAAAAGAAACCAAAAAUGCGUCUA